UUUUUUGACGAUUUUCAACAACAAAUAUCAGAAACUUUAACUAAACAAAUUGAACAGAGUGUAGAUGGGUCAGUAAUUACCCGCUUAGAUCAAAUGAUUGAUAUUUUGGCUGGUUCUACAAUAAAUCAAAUGCUUUUUGGAUAUCCCUUUACUGAGGACAAACUCAAAGACUUUUACAAUUUAAAAGAAAAAUUAGAACAACAACGUUUAACAAUAACAACAAUUAGAGGCCGUUUAUUAAUGGGAAUGCCUUGGCUAAGAUAUUUUCCUUUAUUUAGUUCUACUUUUAAAGAAUUUGAUUCCCAAGUAUCUUCAACAUAUUCUUUUUUUGAAUUUAAUAUAUUUGAAAGAAUUAAAAAAAGAUUUAAUGAAAAAAAUAAUGAAGAAACAACAAAAGAUUUGUUAGAUUAUUUUUUGGAUCAAAUGGAAGAGGAGAAAGUAAAUGGGGGUAAAGGGGAAUUUAAUUUAGAGAAUCUUCGUUCACUUUGCUAUGAUCUUUUCCUAGCUGGCCAAGAAACAAUAUGUAUUACUCUAAACUUUUUGUUGUUAUAUCUUUUACUCGAUCAAAGAGUUCAAUUUAAACUUCAAAAAGAAUUGGAUGAAUUUAAAGAAAGGCGUAAAUAUUUGCAAGGAGAAAGGCAUUUUAAAAUGGUUGAUCGUUCUGAAUUGCCGUAUACAAAUGCUGUUAUUAAUGAGAGUCAACGUUUGUGCAAUUUAUUACCGCUAAAUCUCAGCCAUAGAACAACAAAAGAUGUUCAAUUACUUGACGGCAAAAUUAAAUUACCUGCAGGUGUCGCUAUAGUUCCACAGAUUAGUUGUGCUCUUUUUGAUGAAAAAAUAUUCCCAGAACCUAAUCGUUUUUUACCUGAACGUUUUAUUGAUAAAAAUGGUUGUUUAAAGAGAAUUGAACAAUUUGUUCCUUUCAGUUUGGGAAAAAGGCAAUGUUUGGGCGAAUCACUAGCUCGAAUGGAAUUGUUUCUGUUUACAACAAAUUUCUUUUCAAAAUUCAGGAUUUUCCCAGUAGAUCCUUUCCAUCCACCUACUACCGAGAAGCAGCUUGGAUUUGGAGUAUUUCCACAUCCGUAUAGCUGUCGAGUAGAAUUACGAAAUCAAUCAAGAGAAUGAGUAAAUGAAUUAAAAAUAUAAAACGAUAAAUUUAGAUAGAUUAAAUUUUGUAUUUAAAUUACCUAAAUCCAAUUCUCUCCUAAAAAUAGGGAUUUUAGAAUUUAUGUCCUUUCAUCUGCGGAUUGGCUUUUUGAUUAGGCAAUCUUAUAAAUACAUAUAAAAAUUCAUUCUUUUCAUUAUUCAGGAUUUUCCCAGUAGAUCCAUUCCAUUCACCCACCCCAUGAUAUUCCUCUUUGCUAGC